CUAAACCCCUCUGCCCGGUGACUCUAAGCAGCAUCUUCCCGGGGCGGCCCCUUCUCAGCCACCCUCCGCGGACUGUCCUGACUCAAGAACAGGGUGUGGGCUACCAGGACAGGUCCCUGCUCCCCGAGAUCCAGGAUCUGGAUCGGGGAUCGCCUCCGAGGGGCCGCACGCGCGUGUGCAGGCGGAUGUGAGGCGCAUCUCAAUUGGCGGGCGGGGGAAGCGGAUCAGGUUGUUACUACUGCAGAGCGCGCGAGCGAGGGAGCGGGAGGAGAGCCGCAUCGCUGGCCGGCGCGGGAGUGGGAAGAGGGGACCUGGACUUCGGGGCGGCAGACUCCCGCUGCCUUCUGCACCAGCCCACGCCGAAUCGGCUCCCGGACCGUCCCCGGUUCUGUCCCAUGAAGUUGUCACAUCAGGAUCCCUUCCUCCAGGCUGCACACAGUCUAUCCCCUCUGCCACCAUGAGAAACAUCUUCAAGAGGAACCAGGAGCCCAAUGUGGCUCCGGCCACCACCACUGCCACAAUGCCCCUUGCACCCGUCGCGCCUGCCGACAACUCUACGGAGAGCACGGGUCCCGGGGAGAGCCAAGAAGACAUGUUCGCCAAGCUGAAGGAGAAAUUUUUCAAUGAGAUCAACAAGAUCCCCUUGCCCCCCUGGGCUCUGAUCGCCAUGGCUGUGGUUGCUGGCCUCCUGCUGCUCACCUGUUGCUUCUGCAUCUGUAAGAAGUGCUGCUGCAAGAAGAAGAAGAACAAGAAGGAGAAGGGCAAAGGCAUGAAGAACGCUAUGAACAUGAAGGACAUGAAAGGGGGCCAGGAUGACGACGAUGCAGAGACAGGCCUGACUGAAGGAGAAGGUGAAGGCGAGGAGGAGAAAGAGCCAGAGAACCUGGGCAAAUUGCAGUUUUCUCUGGACUAUGAUUUCCAAGCCAACCAGCUCACCGUGGGUGUCCUGCAGGCUGCGGAACUCCCAGCCCUGGACAUGGGUGGCACAUCAGACCCUUAUGUCAAAGUCUUCCUCCUCCCAGACAAGAAGAAGAAAUAUGAGACCAAGGUGCAUCGGAAGACACUGAACCCAGCCUUCAAUGAGACAUUCACUUUCAAGGUGCCAUACCAGGAGUUAGGAGGCAAGACCCUGGUGAUGGCGAUUUAUGACUUUGACCGCUUCUCUAAGCACGACAUCAUUGGGGAGGUGAAGGUACCCAUGAACACGGUGGACCUUGGCCAGCCCAUCGAGGAAUGGAGAGACCUACAAGGCGGAGAGAAGGAAGAGCCAGAGAAGCUGGGUGACAUCUGUACCUCCUUGCGCUACGUGCCCACGGCUGGGAAGCUCACCGUCUGUAUCCUGGAGGCCAAGAACCUGAAGAAGAUGGACGUAGGGGGCCUUUCAGACCCCUACGUGAAGAUCCACCUGAUGCAGAACGGUAAGAGACUCAAGAAGAAGAAGACGACAGUGAAGAAGAAGACCCUGAACCCCUACUUCAACGAGUCCUUCAGCUUCGAGAUCCCCUUUGAGCAGAUCCAGAAAGUCCAGGUGGUCGUCACCGUGCUAGACUACGACAAACUGGGCAAGAAUGAAGCCAUCGGAAAGAUCUUUGUAGGCAGCAACGCCACAGGCACGGAGUUGCGGCACUGGUCCGACAUGCUGGCCAACCCUCGGAGGCCCAUUGCCCAGUGGCACUCUCUUAAGCCUGAGGAAGAAGUGGAUGCUCUUCUGGGCAAGAACAAGUAGGCUCCAGCGGCCGGGGCCACGCCCCUGAGGAGCCACGCCCCCGAGGAGCCACGCCCCUGAGGACACUGACGAGAUCCAGAGCUAUCAAUACCUCAGUUACGCGACCUUAGAGGUUUCUUCAUUUGUUUGCGGUGUGUCCUGUUUUUCCUUCCUUUUUCUCUUUUUAAAGACCAACUUCCUUUUGGUGGCUGUGUGAAGAGAGUCCCCUAAGAGGUGAAAGAAAAGCCUGGCUCUGUUAUUGUCCCCGGAUCGGUCCUUGUUGCAUGCCCUUUCACGGUUUCCCCCUUACCCCAAGUGGGGCCCUCUACUGUCAGACAGUUGAAGCACUUCCUGCUUUUCCUGGGUUUUGGACCAACAAAAUGGCAAGCACAUUCUGUUUCUUGACUGUGAAGGCAACAUAGUGGCCAGCAUUUUGUGUGUGUGUGUGUGUGUGUGUGUGUGUUUGUAUAGGUGUACGUGCCCAUCCAUCCCCACCUGCCUGUUUUGAACAUCUCUCUUCAUUUUCUGGAAUGAGUCACGGACAGUGAAGCCAUGUGAGAGGAGAAUGUCUUCAGAGACGCCAAGGGAAAGCGAGCCCACUGCCUAAGCGGUCAGAUGCCAGAAGAGAGCUUGCAGGUGGCCAUUUGGAAGGCGGCGAGAUGUGAUACUGGAUGGGUUCAGAACUGGGACCAAAGCCCUUGAUGCCAUCAUAGACGCCCUCUUGUCAGUCAUGGCUUUCCCCCCCGGAGUGGGGUUUUGGGGACAUUUGUGGAAAUAAACUAUUCACCAGAUUUGUCAGACUCUGCCAGGGACUGCCAGCCCUGGGAUGUCGCUCCUGUUGACAACAUCAAACUUUGAAGAAACAGAAGUCCUCUUACUCAGAAAGCCUAGAAUUAAGCUCCCGGGUCUUUGCCUCGCCCCUCUGCAGGGUACAAGCAGCGCAUUCAUUUGCAUCCACACACCAUCUUGCCUGUGUUUCCCUUUUUGUGUGAGUGGAAAAAUACCAUCUGAAGACAAGUGCUUUGCACAGAGCCAGAGACCUGUUAAAGGGACGCUUGGGUGUUUAGUUCCCUUGAGGUCCAGGUAAGGAGGAGGUGUCAAGAAGGGGAGCUUGGGUGGACAGUGACAAGCUGGAGAGUGCCGAGCUCCUCGCAACUCCCAUUCCUGACCCUCUGGACCCUUUGACCCUCAGUGAUGGUAGCUGGAGUGGCCCCGGCCAACCUGUGGAGAGGUCCCACGCUUCCAUUCCUUAGAGACAGUUUUCUUGGAAUGCCAGGAAACACGGGGCAUUCAUUUCAAAUGGGCGGUGGAGAAAACGUGCUAAGGUUUGCAUCCUGUUUAGUUUGUGUUUCCUUCCCUGUCCCCUACUUGUUCCCAGCAUUGAUUAAAAAGCCAUAUAUAUGUUAGUCAGGCUUGCACUAAGUACCCUUCCCAACCUGCAGCCUGGGCAGGGGGACUUGGGCUCCCUGUAGCCAGAGGCUGUUCCUUUCCCUUGGUCUUGCAUUUGUUCUUGAAUCUCUCAGGCCCUUGUUUUCUUAUCACAGAAAAGAUACAGCUUUUCCGAAGCCGGCAGGGGUGGGGGACACGCUCUUCAUCAGCAAAUGUGGCAGGACAUCUGCUCUGUCCCACCUGGGCCCUUCCGUUUCUUGUAGGUCUCAGAGAUGGAUGGUGUUGUAGAGUUUGGCUUUGAGAACCCAGCAUGGAGAAGCUGCAGUGGCUUCAUUUUAAUUUUAGUGAAAAUGCAUACGUGGGUUUGCUCUGCUUUUUUGUUUUUUGUUUUGGUUUAAGUAGGGAGUGAGGUACCACUUCUACCAGAAACAGACUGUGAAGUAGGUUUGACUUGCCUCUCUUUUAGAGACCCUUUUUGCUAUUGGCCCUUGGUACCUGGGAAAUUGUGUAUUUCAUACACUAUCUGUAUGUGUGUUUAUGCUAAACACUGAGAAAGGAGGACUCUGAUAGGAUUAUGGGCUGUAGUCCUUGGGACCAGAGUUCUGGUCAUGGUAGAACAUUGUUGGGCAUCGGGUACACUCAGAAUUCAGGUGGUUAGAGAGUUCCAGGGUCCCGGUAUGGACAUCUGAGGUCACUGGAUUCUUUUCUGUGCAAUCUUGGUGCUUUCCUGGUCCCUCCCCACUCUUGCUCUUCUCACCCACAUUCCAUGAAGCCUGUUCACAGAACCUCUCCCCAACAACCUCACCCUUCUUCCUGUGUUCUCCUGACCUUUCUCAAUCACCUUUAAACUCCUGGGUUCUCCCCUACAAACCACACUCAGCCCUUCUGUAGUCCAUAGUCCUACUGCGCUGCGGACAGAGGAAAGGGAGGAACGGUGGGUGCCUCUGUGGUUUGACUGUCCGGGGGCUUAGACACAGGCCAAAGCUCAUUCCUUGUGGGCAGUCUGCCAGGGCUUUUGACUGAUCACUAGUUUGGAGCCAGCAUGGAUGCUGGGAGAGGUUCUCCUCAGGCUUAAGGCUGGUCCUGGAAGAGCCACCCAAGCAGAUGGCGCCUGUCCAGGUCCGGGGGCCAGGCAGGAACAUGUUGAGGCUUAACUGUUUCUAUACUGGGGGAGGGGGAGGGAUGAUAUGACCCAAACCCCAGCACUGCAUUCCAAAUCUUCACUGCCACCUGGGGGGUGGGGUAUAAUUUCUGGGGAUGUCCGGAUCCUGGGGUAUCAAGACUACGCAGAGACAGUCAAUGUUUCUGGCUGGUAAUGGAUUCUAGAUAUUUCUGUGGAUGCAAGUUUUUAUCCCAAAGAGAGGAAAGUAUUAGAGGGCUAUUUGUUUUGUUGUUUUGUUUUUAAAGAGAGCUAAAGACCAUGAAUACCCACACUCCACUCAGGAUCUGGGGGCUCAUGUCCUCCCUGAAUGAUCCUCCCAGAGUGGAGCAACCUCUGCAGUGCUGGGGCAGUUGUGGGGACUUAGAAACAAAGGCUGAGGCCUGGGGAUGAGGGAGCUCCCAGCCCAGCAGGUGCUUGGAACAAGCAGGGGGAGGCCCAGCCAGAGACCUCCGUCUUUCUUCCCAGGAAGCCAACACAUCAUUUUGUUUUUGUAGAAGUGGUUUGUGGUGAACUUGCUGGCCCACGAUUCAGUGGAGGAGGAGGGAGGUUUUUUACCACAGGCCUCUUCAUAAAGGUAGCUUUUAUAAACAUGUCUCUAUGCUGGACUCAAGGGUGAGCGAU